CUUCUGCGCAGUCUCCGUGGGCUUUCUCUCGCUCCACCAGCUCGCUGAGCAGUCGUGAUACGUUCGGGUUCAGGUCGUGAAUUCCGUUGAUCAGAGAACUCAGAUUAUUUUCAACAUCAACGCUGAUCUUCUCUUUCAAUCCAUCUCUGAACUUCAGCUCCGCACACACAGCCACGACCGCCAUCUUUGCUACAACGUAGUGCUGUCGUCAUCACGUACCGUCUGUCGCCUUCAAAGCCCCCUAAAAUUGUAGUUUCAUAGCCUUUUUUCCAUCUUCAGUAUUAUUGGUACUUGCUGUAUUCGAUGAAGCUUCCAACUUUUAUUCAGAUGUUGAAAAUGAUUUUGUUUCUGCAGGAACACAGGAUGUUUUUGUUUGACGAACAUGUUAUAAAUUAAGACACAUGACUGAUCUGAUUUGUAAUGAAUCUUUCCGUGAUAUCUGGUUGUCACGGGAAUGCACCACAGAGCCACCACAGCACCACAUUAUAGUUUAUUUACGUUAAAAUGUCAUCAAAGUUAAUUUCCCAUCAUAUUUAAUCACUCGUGUUUCUCCGCUCGAAUCUUUUUCUUGGUGUAAUUUGUUUUGUUUGAAACGUCGCUGACCUCUGACCCGUAAUGCCGCCAAAUACGAUCUGCGGAAAUAAACCGGAAGUUGCUAUUAGGCUAAAAGCAGCUAGCGGGUUGAUAACAAAGAUCCACCAGCUGAUCAGGCGUAGCGGAUUAUUGAUUGUUAUUGAUCGGGUUAUUGACUGGUUUACAGUCGGAUCAGACGGUGCAGACUAUCUGCCUUACGUUCCGGUUCGGUUCCUUUUCAGCUCGCUGCAGGUUCUGAACAUGUCGGAGGAGCCGACAGUGUCUCUGGUUGAUGUUCUGGAGGAAGAUGAAGAGUUGGAGGAAGAAGCUUCAGCUGUCCUGGCAGGAAGUGACUCCGAUCAUUGCUCAUAUCCUCAGGGCUACGUGAAGCGUCAGGCUCUGUAUGCCUGUAACACGUGCACACCUAAAGGCGGAGAGGCAGCAGGCGUGUGUUUGGCGUGUUCAUACAAAUGUCAUGAAGGACACGACCUCUUCGAACUUUACACCAAGAGGAACUUCCGCUGUGACUGUGGAAACAGGAAGUUCACAGAGCUGCAGUGUAAACUGUUCCCCGAGAAGGAGGAGGUCAACACUCUGAACAAAUACAGUCACAACUUCUUUGGGGUUUACUGCACCUGCAGUCGGCCUUACCCUGACCCAGACGACCAGGUGGAGGAUGAGAUGAUUCAGUGUGUGGUGUGUGAGGACUGGCUGCAUGGUAGGCACCUGGGCUGUGUGGUUCCGGAGUGUGUGGAGCUUCAGGAGAUGAUCUGUGAAUCCUGUAUGAACAGAAACUCUUUCCUCUGGACCUACGCUGCUCACCUGGCAGUUCCAGGUGCAGACGUACAGGUGAAGGAGGUGACUGAUGAGAAGGAGGUGACUGAUGAGAAGGAGGUGACUGAUGAGAAGGAGGUGAAGGAGGAAAUGGGAGCAGACGAGUCAAACACAAACCUUCCUAACAAAGAAGAGAAGGGUGAUGAUGUCAUCCAGCCCAGCUGUAAACGGAGUCGUGAGGAGUCGGAGUCAAGCUGUAGACUGGCGGAGCUGCUUGCGAUUGGUCAGAGAAGAGUCCAAUCAGGAGCUGUAUUCUGGCCAUCAGGCUGGCGCUCCAAACUCUGCUCCUGCACUGCCUGCCAGGAGCGUCUGUCUGCUGCCUGUCUGUCUUUCCUGUUGGACGAGUCGGACACCGUCCUCGCCUACGAGAACAAAGGGAAGAGCAGCGAGCAGACGCAGGCGGGUCACGACCCUCUGAUGUCAGCGCUCGACAACCUGAACCGCGUGCAGCAGCUGGAGAUCAUCCACGGGUACAACGACAUGAAGAGUGAACUGAAGGACUUCCUGCAGAGAUUCGCUGCAGAAGGAAAAGUUGUGACUCCUGAUGACAUCCGUCAGUUCUUCGAGCAGCAGCAGAGUCGUAAGAGACGGCGAGUGGAUGCCGGACGUUUCUACAGCCCCUGACGACCUUUGACCUCCAGCUGUCCCUCUAAAGACCUUUGACCUUUCGUGAUCUCCUGACUGGGAAUGUCGUCCAUCUGUUUUCUUCUUCCCAUUUCUUGUUUCCAGGCGAUGUUGUGGAUUUUAUGAAUACAGUUUUUAUCUUCAUUUUAUUUUGAAACUGUCAGACUUCCUGUUUCUAACGUGUGUUUUACCACCAUUUAUGUGUCUGUUUCCUUUUUAUGGAAAACUAAUUAAACUAAAUCCUUUGAACCAACAA